AUGCACGUCGCGCGUCUCUCGGCUACGAGGGCGUGCCUGUCCUCGACCCUAUCAACCAGAGCAUCAUGCAACAGACUCAGCACUCCUUCCUAUCGUGCUCUCUCUCUCCUGUCCACGUCCCGGUCGAACGUGCCGCGCCAUGGUCUCCCCGCACGCUCUCUGCCAGCCAGCCGUUCCUACUCCACGGCGCCCUACGCUGGUGCUCCCGGGUUGAAGGACUUCCUCCGCAUCUCGGAUGAAGUUGCCGAGGCCAUUGCCACCAACAAGCCCGUCGUCGCCCUCGAGUCCACCAUUUACACACACGGUGCCCUCGGGAAUGACUUGGGCCUCGAGGACAUUGUUCGUCAGGGAGGCGGUAUUCCCGCUGUUUGCGGUAUCCUCGAUGGCGUCCCCAUCGUCGGCUUGACCCCCGAGGAGGUCGCCCGCAUGGUUGACUCGGGCAAUGCCCGCAAGGUCUCCCGCCGUGAUAUUGCCUACCUCGCUGGACUUGGUCUUGCUGGCAAGAAGAUUCACGGCGGUACCACCAUUGCCGGCACCAUGUUGCUGGCUCGCCUCGCCGGCAUCCGCGUCUUUGGUACCGGUGGUCUCGGCGGCGUCCACCGUGGUGGCCAUGACUCAAUGGACGUCUCUGCUGAUCUCACUGAGCUCGGCCGCACCCGCGUUGCCGUAGUCUCGUCUGGCUGCAAAGGCUUCCUCGACAUCCCCCGGACCCUCGAGUUCCUCGAAACCCAGGGUGCUUUCGUCGCAACAUUUGCCGACGGCCGCAAGGGUCCUGUCGACUUUCCAGCAUUCUGGGCCCGCACGAGCGGCACCCCGAGCCCUCUCGUCGUCGAAAACGAGAAGGAUGCUGCUGCCAUGAUCCUGACGCAAGAAGCGAUGGGCAUCGAGUCGGGUAUGGUCUUUGCCAACCCCAUCCCCGAGGAGGCCGCCGUCCCUGCCGCCGAGAUGGCUGCCGUCAUCGAGACGGCCGUGCGUGAGGCCAACGAGAAGGGCUUCACCGGCGCUAGGAACACGCCCUACGUCCUGAGCGCCAUUCGCAAGCAGACUGGCGAACGCAGCACGCUGGCCAACAAGGCUCUCGUUCGAUCCAACGUCGCUCGUGCCACCACCAUCGCCGUCGAGCUCUCCAAGCUGCAGAGCGGGACACCCAGCCUCACCGCGGCCUGUGACUACGCUCCCACCACCAAAUCCACUAACCCCUCGCCGAAGCUCGAGACAUCCAACCCGGCUGCCAUCAGUCAGUCCAUCGGCGGUGUCGGUCACAACGUUGCCCUCGCUGCGCACCGUGCCACAAAAUCCUCCCUUGUUCGCCUCUGUAGUCUUGUUGGCGCCGACGCUGCCGGCGAUACAGUGCUUACUGCCCUUGCUGCUGAGGGCCUCGACACCUCUGCUAUUCGCCAGCUCCCGGCACCGCACCGCACGGCGCAAUACGUCGCCGUCAACGACGCCUCCAAGAACCUCGUUCUCGCCAUGGCCGACAUGGAUAUUCUCUCAGCGAAUGCUGUUCCCUCCUCCCAAUGGCGCGCCGCCGUCAAGGCGGCCUCUCCCUCGUGGCUCGUUGUCGACGCGAACUGGGCGCCGCGUGAUAUCCACGCCUGGCUCGCCGCCGGCCGCGCUUCUCGUGCCAAGAUUGCCUAUGAGCCUGUCUCCACCGUCAAAUCUACAGGUCUCUUCCCUCCAGACACGGAGCUUGACGUCUUCCCUCAUGCUGCCGUCGACCUUGCGUCCCCGAACACGUACGAGCUCGAGGCCAUGUGGACCGCCGCGCGCGAGAACGGACACCUCGCGACGCAGGGUUGGUGGACGGUUGUCGACGCUUUCGGCCUCCUCGGCGCCCGCGAUGCCUUUGUGCGUCUCGUCGGUGUCGAGCUCGCGGAUGCCGGUGUACCGGUGCAAGCCGUGCAGCUCCUUCCGUACAUCCCGACUGUCGUGACGAAGCUCGGCGCCAAGGGCUGUCUGCUGACGACGAUCCUGGGGCGGGAUGACCCGCGUCUGAGCGAUCCCCGUGAGGAGAAGUACAUUCUCUCGCGGUCGAAGAAUGGGAACCCGCACAUCGGAGGCGUGUACAUGCGCAUGUUCCCUGCCGCGGAGAGAGUGGACGAAAUCGUCUCUGUCAACGGCGUUGGCGAUACAUUCUUGGGCGUCAUGGUUGCGGGUCUGGCGAUGGGCGGACGCGUGGAGGGCUUGAUCGGCGUGGCGCAAGAGGGUGCUGUCUUGACGCUGAAGAGUCGCGAGGCGGUCAGCCCGGAGCUGGGCAGCCUGGAGGAGAGUUUGAGGGAUGCUGUCGACCUGUCGAGGAGGGCGUGA